AUGCCUGGGAAGCAGUGGAUUGAAAGACUUUCCAUGAAUUAUGUAUACUCUCAGGCAGUAUCACCUCAACAAGGGAUUCAGAUCAUUCUUGACAAAUAUCAGUCAGUUUUCAAAGAAGAUCUUGGUACUUUGAAGAAUAUAAAGGCCAAAUUCUCCCUAAAACCUGAUGCAAAGCCAAAGUUUUGUAAGGCUCGACCUGUGCCACAUUCACUUAAACCAGCAGUGGAUAAUGAGCUAGAUCGACUUCUCAGCUUAGGAAUCCUGGAACCAGUGGAGCAUAGCGAGUGGGCAACUCCCAUAGUCGUGGUGCCAAAGAAAGACAACACUGUUCGGAUAUGUGGUGACUUUAAAGUAACGUUGAAUCAGUGUAUUAGUGUAGACCAGUACCCGCUUCCUCGGGUAGAUGAAAUAUUCUCAAACCUUGCAGGAGGAAAACACUUCACCAAUCUGGAUCUUAAAAAUGCAUACCUGCAAAUGGAAAUUGAAGAGGAUCACCAGAAAUACCUCACCAUCAAUACUCAUAGAGGAUUGUUCCGUUUUAACAGGCUCAUGUAUGGAGUGGCAUCCGCACCAGCAGUAUGGCAGAGGGCCAUGGAUCAAGUACUGCAGGGGAUCAACGGAACACAUUGCAUGAUUGACGACAUGAUAAUAACUGGUUCGACGACUGAGGAGCAUCUUGGCAAUUUAGAGAAAGUUUUGUCAAGACUGCAGAACUUCAACCUGAGAGCAAAUAUCAAGAAAUGUGACAUUUUUAAAGACAGUGUAGAAUGUUGUGGUCACAAAGUUGACAAAGAUGGCUUACAUAAAACAGAAGAGAAGGUGAAAGCAGUGGUGGAAGCUAAGAUUCCAGAGAAUGUGACAGAGUUACGUGCAUUCCUUGGGCUUGUGAAUUAUUAUGGAAAGUUCAUGCCCAACUUGUCUACUGUUUUGAGACCUCUACACAAGCUUUUAGAGAAGGACAGGAAGUGGAACUGGACGAAUGAGUGCCAAACAGCGUUCAGAAAAGUGAAAGAAUUGAUGAAGUCUGAUCAAGUUCUUGCACACUAUAAUCCUCACUUACCGAUAAGGCUCUCUUGUGAUGCAUCACCAUUCGGACUUGGAGCGGUGCUUUCACAUACGUAUCCCUCAGGAGAAGAAAGUCCAAUAGCAUUCGCGUCUAGAACUCUAAAUAGUGCCGAACGGAACUAUUCAGAAAUAGACAAGGAAGCCCUUGGAAUAGUGUGGGGAAUCAAACAUUUCCAUAUGUACUUAUAUGGACGCCAUUUCUCUCUCAUUACUGACCAUAAACCCUUGGUAUCGAUAUUUCAUCCGCAGAAAGGUAUACCACUUACUACUGCCGCAAGACUGCAACGGUAUGCACUGUUCUUAUCGGGAUUGGAUUACUCUAUUGAGUAUCGGAACACAAAACAACACGGGAAUGCGGAUGGACUGUCUCGCCUACCAUUAGCUACAGAAGGCGGAGAAGGAGCGUUGGAGUCAGAGAUGUUAGAUACAGCACAUGUAUUUCACAUGACACAGUUAGCCGCAUUGCCUGUUUCAGCUAGUGAAAUAAAGCGUAAAACUGCUCGAGAUCCAGUGUUAUCUCGGGUAUACGAUGCAACCAUGCGUGGUUGGAAUGAUGCAACAGAUGGUGACUUGCAACCAUAUUUCUCACGCAGACAGGAGAUUACUGUGCAUCAAGGUUGUUUACUCUGGGGAUUCCGAGUCAUUAUCCCAGAACCACUUCAGAAAGGAAUUCUUGACAUGAUCCAUGAAGGACACUUGGGGGUGGUGAAAAUGAAGGCAAUUGCUAGGAGCCAUGUCUGGUGGCCCGGUAUUGAUGCCAGUAUUGAGGAGUGCGCAAAGAAAUGUAAAGGAUGUAUGGACCAUCGCAAUGUAGCACCGGAAGCACCCAUCCAUCCCUGGGAAUUCCCCGAUAAACCCUGGCAAAGAAUUCAUUUGGACUUUGCAGGCCCAUUCUUGGGAACAAUGUUUCUGAUUGUUGUAGAUGCCCAUUCCAAGUGGCCUGAAGUGUUCAAGAUGAACAAGACUACAUCGACACAUACCAUUGAAGUACUCAGAACUCUAUUUGCAAGAAAUGGUUUACCUAAACAUUUAAUCAGUGAUAAUGGACCGCAGUUCAUUGCAGAGGAGUUUCAGCAAUUCAUGAAAUCAAAUGGUAUACGUCAUUCAACCUCAUCCCCUUAUCACCCAAGGACAAAUGACCUUGCUGAGCGAUUUGUGCAGACCUUCAAGAGCGCUAUGAAAUCUGCCAAAUAUGAUGAGGGUUCCAUUCAGAAGAAACUUUGCAAUUUUCUGAUUGCAUAUCGGAACACUCCACAAUCAACAACUGGAGAAUCUCCGGCACAAAUGUUUUUGGGAAGAAAUCUCACAACUAAGCUGGAUCGUGCUAAGCCCAGUUUGACACGAACCGUGGACCAAAGUCAGGAAAGGAUGCGAAGUAAGAUUACAACCAAACCUCGCAAGUUCAACAUCGGCGGCCAUGUCUUAGUAAGGGACUACAGGAAGGGAGAUCAUAAAUGGAUAUCCGGCAUAAUACAUCGCAUCACAGGACCGAUUUCCUAUGAAGUUGAAGUAUCCCCAGGAAAUGUAUGGCGGCGUCAUGUUGACCAAAUUCUUAGUUCAGUACAGCAGCCAUUCGCAGAGGCACAGCUGCAGCUACCGAACAUAAACACUCAGGUUGAUAUUGUGCUUGUCGAACAAAGAAUAGAAACCAGUCAAACUACACCAAAUGAGGGAACUGCAACCCCUAACUUACCUGAAACACUUCCUACUGAACCAGCAGUUGCUCAAGACCCCGUACCAGAUUCAGGAAACAAAUCAAGUACGCCUGUGUGCCGUUAUCCAGUUUGA